UUGUUGAUAUCAUUAGUUUUGUAGAGCCCUUUUUUGAAAGAACUUCAGGCGUGAUACCUGGCGCUUUUUUAUAUACCUUUUUUUAAAAAGGUAAUUUUGUUGUUAUAAUUCACGCUCACACAUUUCGUUUUAUCUGACUUAUCUGAUUUCGCAUAUCUGGCCGAUGAGUUUAAAUAUACGUUCUCCUUGGAGGAAAUAAGCUUGAAUGAUGCAAUUCAGCGCGGCGUUCCGUAUGGAAUUGUCGCGAUCUGCGAUCUGCUUCGCGACUUCCUUCAACGCUGCGGACGGAGAGGGCUGGUAGACAGAGACUAAGUUUACACGGCAGCCUAAAGCCGGUUUAGUAACUUCCGAUGUUAUAACUACGAUUGUUUAGUGUUGUAUAAACAGUACUUUACACCGAUGUUAUAACACCAGUUAUUAUAACUUUACGUCUGUUGAAAAAGAGGUUUAGAGUAAUAACUCAGGUUUUAAAGAAACGUGUAAACGGUAAGGAUGUAGAUACUCUUGCAUUGCCAACUUAAUUGUAUCCUUAAAAUGAUAGUAGUGAAAACAUGUAGGUUAGGUAUACGUAGGUCAUUAUUACAAAUAUAUUUUGAGUACUGUGAAUAAUUUUAACGCAAAAACUAGGAUAAUGGAGUCCAAGAAAAGAGAGCAUUGGGAAGUGGAAGAAACAAAAUAUUUUCUUCGGUUGGUGAAAGAAAGACAAAUAAUGAAAAACUUGGACAGCAAAAAGUUUAGAGCAGAUGAUAUAUUUAAGUAUUUAGAAAAACUAAUGGUUGAGAAAGGUUAUACGAAAACUUGGAAGCAAAUGCAGACAAGAUUUAAAACUUUAAGAUAUCAAUACAAUGACAUUCAUAGAAAAAUGAAUAAAAGUGGUUCCGGCAAUUCAUUAUCCUCUUUUCCCUAUGCUGAUGAGAUGGCUGAUUUGUUAGAUUCUCGGCCAUUAUCUAUUCAAAACAAUAUUGACAGUUCUGUAUCACCGCAUUCAGUAAUAGAUAAAGGCAAUAAAGGUUCAAAUGACUGCAUUCCUGAAGGUCCAAACGAUUCAGAAGAAUCAGAUUCUUCAGAUGUUCUAAAUACUUCAGUUGAACCUACUCCUGGCUGUUCAUCAGAUUCUUCUUUUACAAUAACUGAAAAAAUUGUGAAGACGGAUAACUCAUCAAAUGAAGUAUUACCUAAAUGUCCAAAACAAAAGAUAAAAAGAAGCAGACCACUUCAACCUCUGAAAUAUAUUGACACAUUAAAACUGCAUUUUGAAGAAAAUCAACAAAAAACACGAGAGUAUAUAAAAAAUGUGAUAGAAUCGAAACAAAAAGUGCAAAAGGAAAUAAUGGAUAAAAUGUUAGAAAACCAAAGAAAUAUCCUUAAGGAUACGACUGAUCAAUUGUUAACAGGCUUAAAAAAUAUUUUCAGUGUUACGAGUCGGGGCAGUGAAAAUUUGUUUACUACUUCAGGAAAUCCAAAUAAUUAUCAAACUUUUAAUUUUCCUGCUAAUAAUUCGCAAUUACAUUCAUAUGUAGAACCUACAAAGUUUCAUUUGCCCAAUAAUAUGCCAAAAGUGUUAGUCAACUUAAAACGUCAUUCCUCCACGAAAAGUGCAAACGAAGAACAAACUAUGAAAUUACAGAAAAUAGAUUCAACAUUUCCGAGUUUUUCUAAUAGUAGUGAAGAGUCACAAGAAAAUUUCUAACUUAUAACAUAUUGAAAAAUAACAAA